AUGCAAGAAACCGUUACAAACUCUAACGAAAGAAAGUCAUUGUUCUCGUCGUUCUUGGAGGUGCUGGAGGCUCGUGACAAACAGGCUCAGAUCGACAAACAACUGCAGGAAGAAAAAUAUUUAAGGAGGACACAGCGAAUCUAUGAUUUUCAUGAACGGCAACAACGCGAAGCGGUGGAGCUGCAGCGCUGCCUGGACUACGUGUCGCAGCACGCGCAUGUACUGGAGACGGUGCUGCGCGGCGCGAGUGCGGGCGGCGCGGACGCUCCGCUGAGCGCGGCGCUGGUGCGCCAGGCGGCCGCGCUGCAGCGCUGCAUGGCGCAGUGCGUCGCCAACGCCAGCCGCAUCCGACAACUGCUCACGGCCACCCACCAGCCACAGAUGGACACCAUGCUCGCUAAGAUGGAAGCCGAGCUACGCACGUGGACAGCGUUCCUGCAUCGCGCCGUGGACGCCACGUACAACACCGAGGUCGUCAUCGAUAACCUGCAGAACAUGAUCGCGGAGCAGCGGCGCUGCGUGCGCGAGGUGUCCUCCAGCACCGUGUUCACGGCGCUGACGGGCGGGGGCGCGGCCGCGGCGGCGGGCCCGGCCGGGGGCGCGCCUGCCUCGCCGCUGGGCCGGCGCGCGCCCUCGCUGGCCUGCAGCACGCCGCUGUCGCGCGACUAG